UUGUUGUCAGAUAUUGGCAAUAUUGAUUAACCUUUGCAGUCGACGGGGGCAUAAUUCCGACCUCUGCAUCGUCGAUAAUUUACAGUUAUAUAUCGACCGUCGCAAUUUCUCCUCAUCAUAGCAGUUCGUUCAAAAUAAUGCAAUUACAUUGGACGCUCUGCUUCCUGCUUUCGGCGCUCUUUGCCGAAUCCUGCGGAUAUGUUAUGAUCGAGCCAUCAAAUUCAGAAGCAGGUGAAGGAAAUUGUUUAUCGAAGAGUUAUCCUUUGGGGACGUUGAAGCACGGCGAGAAGAGCUUCGUGGAGGACGAAUGCUUGGAGGCGACUUGCCUGAGCGACGGAACCAUCAAUUACGAAGGUUGCAAGCUGUUACGUCUGCAAGAUAACUGCAAGUUCGUGGAAUCCGAUAAAACGUUAUCAUUUCCAGAGUGCUGCAAGAAAAUCAUCUGCGACUGAGUCCGAGAAAUCU